GAGGAACAGGAAAAGCAGCAACACAGAUCCUCUUCUGAUUCCUGAUCUACACACUCUCCUUCCAGCAGCAGCGAGUCGGUGAAGGACGAUGGCAUCUGGUGAGCAGGAUUGUGACCCGGGAGAAGAAAAGCUGAAACAAGCUCAGACGAGCAGCAGUCCUCACACUGGAGUCAGUGUUGAUGUGAAAGCUCAGAUGGGAGCAGCUGUAAAUGCUCCUGUACUCACUAGAAACACCUUCACAGCUCCAGUGACCAUCAGCUACAGCACUGCAGGACACGAGCCACAAAAAAUCUCAGAGAUGGCAGAGAAACACACCGAAAAACAAGCAGAUUUGAUUCUGAAAGAAUUCUUGGAAACUCACAAAUCCAACAUGAAGAAGAAAGCAGAACGUAUUUUUGAGGGCACAGAAGACAAUGAAGCACAUCUCCAGGCUGUUUACACAGAGCUCUUCAUCACAGAGGGAGAUAUGAAGGAGGUUCAUCAGGAACAUGAGAUUCUGAAGAUUGAUGAUGCUUUCAAGAAGAACAAAAAAACACAGGAAAAACCAAUCAAAUGUAAUGAUAUAUUUACAUUAUUAAGGAAAAACAAUGAGAAGAAGAUUGUGCUGACCAAGGGAGUCGCUGGCAUUGGAAAGACUGUCUCUGUGCACAAGUUCAUCCUGGACUGGGCAGAAGGAAAAGCCAAUCAGGAUAUACACUGUGUGUUCCUGUUUCCAUUCAGAGAGAUUAACUGCAUUAAAGACAGAGAGUUCAAUCUCCAUGAGUUUCUGCGGAAAUUUUAUCCUCAAUUGAAGAACAUGGAAAAAUCAAAGUUAUAUGAGGAAUGCAGACUAGUGUUUAUAUUUGAUGGACUUGAUGAGAGUUGCCUGCCUUUGGAAUUUGAAAGCGGAAUAGUGAACGAUGUUGAGGAAAAAUCAUCUGUAGAUGUGCUGUUCAGAAAUCUGGUCAAAGGGAGUCUGCUUCCAUCAUUUCUGGUCUGGGUGACAUCACGACAAGCAGCAGCCAAUCAGAUCCCUCCUCGGUAUGUGGGUUUGUUCACUGAGGUGCGAGGAUUCACUGACCAACAGAAGGAGAAGUACUUCAGAAAGAGAAUCAUAGAUAAGACUCUGGCCUCCAGAAUCAUCAAACACAUUAUGACGUCUCGUAGUCUCUACAUCAUGUGCCACAUCCCUGUGUUCUGCUGGAUCACAGCAACAGUACUUCAGAAUAUUCUCAUCAAGAACAGUGAAGAGAACAUCAGCACAACACUCACUGAAAUGUACAUCCACUUCCUACUGAUACAGAUGAACAUUAAGAACCAGAAAUAUGACAAAAAGACAGAAAGAGAAUCUACAAAGAACUUAGAUUCAAACAGAGAAAUGAUUUCAAAGUUAGCCAAGCUAGCGUUUGAACAGCUGAAGCAGGAAAACAUUGUGUUCUAUGAGGAAGAUCUGAAAGCGUGUGAUAUUGAUGUGAGUAAAGACACUGAGUUCACAGGAAUGAUUGCUGAGAUCUUUAAGAAGGAAAAUGUAUUUCAUUACAAGAAGGUUUUUAGCUUUGUGCAUCUGAGUGUUCAAGAGUUCCUCGCUGCAGUGCAUGUGUUCCUCUGUUACCUGAACAAGAACAAGGAGGAGCUUCAGUUUUUCUUUGGGCCAGAAGAAAAUAUCACAUUGCAGAAGCUACUGCAGAAGGCUGUUGGUAAAGCCAUGGAGAGUCAGAAAGGACAUCUGGACCUGUUCCUGCGGUUUCUGAUGGGCGUUACACUGGAAUCCAGUCAAAACCUGCUCAAAGGCCUGAUCACACGCACUGAAGACACCACAGAGAGCAUCAGAACAACUGAACACAUUAAAGAAGUACAAGAUGAGGAUAUCUCAGAUGAAGAUUUAGUCAACCUAUUCUACUGCUUACUUGAGCUCAAGGAUCAUUCAUUAUAUGAGGAACUCCAGAGAUACCUCAUUUCAGAUGAACAUCCAGGAAGAAAACUCUCAUCUUCAAUGUGCACUCUGCUGAUCACAGUACUGCUGAUGUCAGAGAGGGUUCUGGAUGAGUUCAACCCAAAGAGGUUCACUUCAGAACAAUCAGGCUUUACAAGACUGGUUCCAGCUGUGAGAUGCUGCAGAAAAGCCUUAUUUGACGGCUGUGGUCUUGAUGGAACUUGCUGUAAAACUGUAUCUUCAGCUCUCCAAUCAUCAAACUCUCAUCUGACAGAGCUGAACCUGGGUAGCAAUCACCUGCAGGUUUCAGUGAAGCUGCUGUAUGAUGGUCUGAAGAGUUCACACUGUCAGCUGAACACACUGAGGCUGUAUGGCUGUAAUCUCACUGCUCAGUCUUGUGAGAGUUUGUCAUCAGCUCUACAAUCCUCAAACUCCCAUCUGAGAGAGCUGGACCUGAGUAACAAUGACCUGCAGGAUUCAGGAGUGAAGCUGCUUUCUGAUGGACUGAAGAGUCCAAGCUGUCAGCUGGAGAUCCUGAGGUUUUCCAUAUGUAAUCUCACUUCUCAGUCUUGUGAGAGUUUGUCAUCAGCUCUACAAUCCUCAAACUCCCGUCUGAGAGAGCUGGACCUGAGUAGCAAUGAUCUGCAGGAUUCAGGGGUGAAGCUGCUUUCUGAUGGACUGAAGAGUCCAAGCUGUCAGCUGGAGAUCCUGAGGUUAGCUGGCUGUAUGGUGACAGAGGAAGGCUGUGGUUAUCUGUCUUCAGCUCUGAGUUCAAAACCCUCACACCUGAGAGAGCUGGAUCUGAGCUACAAUCACCCAGGAGAUUCAGGAGUCAAGCUGCUCUCUGAAAAACUCAAGAAUCUGGACAAACUCAAUGUGGAUCAUGGAGGAGAAUCCAGAAUUACAGCAGGACUACACAAAUAUUCCCAUCAGUUCACUCUGGAUCUGAACACAGUGAAUAUACUCCUCCGUCUGUCUGAGAACAACAGAGAGAUUACAUUCACUAACACAGAUCAGCCGUAUCCUGAUCAUCCAGACAGAUUUGAUGCGUAUCGUCAGGUGUUGUGUAGAGAGAGUGUGUGUGGACGCUGUUACUGGGAGAUCAAGUGGAGCAGAGAUUAUGUGUGUGUAUCAGUGUCAUAUAAGAGCAUCAGGAGGAAGGGAGGAGGUGUCGAGUGUGUGUUUGGAGGUAAUGAUCAGUCCUGGAGUCUGUACUGCUCUCCUGACAGUUACUCAUUCAGACACAAUAACAUAGAGACUCGUCUCCCUGUGAAGCCCAUCAGCAGCAGAACAGGAGUGUGUGAUGAUGAUUAUGAUGAUGAUGAUGAUGAUGAUGAUAUCUAUAGAACAGGAAUGAAUGAUGAUGAAUAUGAUGAUGAUGAUGAUAUCUAUAGAACAGGAAUGAAUGAUGAUGAAUAUGAUGAUGAUGAGGAUAUCUAUAGAACAGGAGUGAAUGAUGAUGAAUAUGAUGAUGAUGAGGAUAUCUAUAGAACAGGAGUGAAUGAUGAUGAAUAUGAUGAUGAUGAGGAUAUCUAUAGAACAGGAGUGAAUGAUGAUGAAUAUGUUGAUGAUGAUGAUAUCUAUAGAAGAGGAAUGAAUGAUGAUGAAUAUGAUGAUGAUGAUGAUAUCUAUAGAACAGGAGUGAAUGAUGAUGAAUAUGAUGAUGAUGAUGAGGAUAUCUAUAGAACAGGAGUGAAUGAUGAUGAAUAUGUUGAUGAUGAUGAUAUCUAUAGAAGAGGAAUGAAUGAUGAUGAAUAUGAUGAUGAUGAUGAUAUCUAUAGAACAGGAGUGAAUGAUGAUGAAUAUGUUGAUGAUGAUGAUGAUAUCUAUAGAAGAGGAAUGAAUGAUGAUGAAUAUGAUGAUGAUGAUGAUAUCUAUAGAACAGGAGUGAAUGAUGAUGAAUAUGAUGAUGAUGAUGAUGAUGAUAUCUAUAGAACAGGAGUGUUUGAUGAUGAUGAGGAUGAUGAUGUCAGUAGAAUAGGAGUGUAUGUGGAUCACGGCGCAGGAACUCUGUCCUUCUACAACGUCUACAGAAACACAAUGAGACACAUCCACACAGAACAGACCACAUUCACUCAGCCGCUCUAUCCUGGGUUUGGGGUUAAUGAUGACUCAUCAGUGAAACUGUUGAUGAAUCAGAAGAGACUGACGAGAGAUUCUACCCAUAAUGCUUUGAGCUGCGUGAUGAAUCACUAACAGAUGUUACAGAGUCUCUUCAUCACAUUAAUAUGAACAUCAAUCAAUAUUCAUGUUAUCAUUCGUCUAAUUUUUCUGGAUUGUUUUUGUGCACAAAUAAUAAACACAACGACAGAUCAUCUUGAGAUCAGGUUGUAAUUGAUGAAUAUGUAAUAUGUAAUCUCUAUUUCUAGUUUCUCACUGUAAAGAUGCUUUGAAUAAAUAA